CUUCCAUCCCCAUCUCCUCCAUAUCUGUCUGUAUCUGACGGAUAAUUUUAAUUCAAUCCUGUUGCACAUCAUGAACUGUUCUGGACAUCUAUUGCUGCGCUCCCGGAGAGUUUGCCCAGAGUGGGGGCUAUGAAGUGGAUCAGUUUGUGGACACUCCGGACCAUGAUCUGAUUUGUGUCAUCUGCAGAGCGGUCCUACGCUGCCCUGUACGACUUACAUGCAACCACGUCUUCUGCAAAGAAUGCAUUUUACAGUGGAUAAAACGACAGGUGAAAUGCCCCUGCUGUAGGAAGUCUAUCGAACAAAACCAAAUGCUUGUUUUGUUCCGUUUGAGUAAAUCCAUCGGCCGUUUAACAAUCAAGUGCCGAAACCAACAACAAGGCUGCAGGGCCACUUUCCCUCUUUCCAGUGAAUAUCUCCACAUCUCCAGCUGUCCAUAUGAACUGCAGCUCUGCCCGUACGAUGGCUGUGGAGAACAGGUUAUGAGGAAAGAUGCACAGGCCCAUGAGCAGAGCUGCAGCCACUGGAGACAGCAGUGUCCAAUGGGCUGCGGCACGAUGCUCUUCCGUGAGAACCAGUCCCAACACAACUGCUACAGAGAAUUACAUCAUCGCUUUGUAACUGAGCGGCGGAAGCAGAGAGCCGUUGCAUCCAACCUGCGCAGGACGAUAAUGCGCAUGCAGAGUCGCAUGGCACAAAUAAAAAGGCAGAUGAACCUGCUGUGUGAGAACCUGGAACAUGGUGAUCUGGAGGUUGAAUCAGAGCAGGGAUCUAACACUUUGACAAACACCAACACCAGCCACAACACUACCAGCAGACAUCGUCACAGUUCAAGAGUGGAGGCACUACUGUAAUUCUGAAGUCUGUUCCAUAUCACACCUUUCUGUGGAGGCAACAGAUGAAUGAGGGGGAAACUGUGCAGGGUGUACAUUUUCCAUCCCAGAAUGCAUCAGUGGCAAGUAAA